UAGCAAUUAUCCCAUCAACACAAACAACCCUACAAGUAAGGUUCUUUUACUACAAGCUGUCUUCUCUUAUAAAUCACAACUGCAUUCACAGCUUGCACUGCCAAACGAAACGAACUUCUCAUCUACUUCAGUGCUUCAGCAUUAGCAAACAAUUCGCUCAUCGACACAAAACACCACCUCAAAUACACACAACCCAAAAUGUGUAUACCACUCUUCAGAAAGAAGAAACAUGAUCGGGUCUACGAUUACCAUCCACAACCAGCCAUGGGCUACUCAAAGAAAUACGGCUACAACGACUACGGAUACUAUAACGGCGGCAAGAAGUCGCGUAAACACGGCCGUCACUACGCCUCAGCUGCCGGUGAUUUAGCAGGAGCUUGGGCCGAUUACAGCGGAGGAGGUCAUCAUGGAGGAGGCCACGGUGAUGGCGGCGGCGGAGGCGGCGGCGCAGAUGGUGGAGGUGGAGGAGGCUGUUCAUAAACUGUUGUAACACUGGGCUUUGGAGUUUAAUGAUUGCUAUCUUGUAAAAUACUGGCUUGAGCGGGAUAUAUUCGAUAUUGCACUAUCGUACUUUAUUAGACUAGCACAACCGUCUGAGGAGUUAGGGUUAUUAUCAUUUAGGGUUAAGGCCAUGAGCUUUGUUCCCUCCCCUUGGCAAGUAGCUGAGAUUACGGCUUGGCUGCUGAGCCUUGUUGUUCGUGGAAUAAGCUGACGACUGCGUGCUCAAUUCGAAUUUUAUGGGCUUCUACGCCUACCAAACACUCUUGGCAAAACGGUGAAGUUGGUAUAUAAGAUUGACCUAACGUACAAAUGCUCAGAGCUCCAG